AUGCAUCUCGAGCUCUUCGAUAACCUCUCCAGCGAGGAAUGUUGCUCCAUCGAGGAACCAGGGCGACCAGAUCUCAUGACCACCAGCAUCUACACAAGACAUGCUCUGACGACCCCGUAUCUAAUGCAUCAGAUGCUGGCCACGUCGGCCUUGCACCUCAGCACGACAAGGACGGACACUCGCAGCACCUACCGCGAGUAUGCCACGGGUCUACAAAACCGCGCUCUGUGUCUUUUCAACGAAGCUAAUCCGGUGCUGGAAGUGACGCGCGCCAAUUGUCUUCGCAUGUUCCUGUUCUCGUCUGGGGUCGGACUCCACCUGCUGUGUGAAACAUUACACUACCAGAGAGACAGCCUCGAAAGUUUUGUUGAUAGGUUCACCCAUUGUCUGAAUGUCUACCGGGGUAUGCUCGCCGUCAUCGACGAAAGUCGGGAUCUGCUACUCGAGUCGGAGCUGGGACCGCGCCUGAAACUGACCCAAGCCCUCAUGGAGACCACGGACGCGAAUGGGUCAGAAUGUGACAUACUUGGGAACAUGAUCAAUACGGCAGACAUGGCAUCGUGCUCUCGCAAGGCUUAUCAAGAAUCCAUCUCCCAUCUCCAGCGGGUCUUCAAUGCGCAGCGUGCUGCCGCGGGGACCAAGAUCGCAGUGCCCACGGUGCUUGCCUGGCCGGCGCUCGUCCCGUCCGAAUACGUCGACCUGUUGCGCCACAGACAUCCGGAAGCACUCAUCAUCCUUGCGCAUUAUGCCGUUUUGCUGCACCGGUGCCGCGACCUGUGGCUGUUUGGCGAUAGUGGCCGAUUCCUCAUCGAGUCUAUAUGUCGGGACCUGGGCUCGCAGUGGCAGGAAUGGCUGAAAUUUCCAAACGCCGUGCUUGGAGAGAACUCAGGUACAUGA